AUGCAGCACUUCUGUUGCUGUAUGGGCAGCCGAACGGAUAAAGUGUCGCCCGGUGAAUCGUUCGAUCAUUCAAAAUCACCCUCGCCGAGGAGCGGCGAGUCGAGCAACAUUUUCCAAACCGAACGCCACUGCACGGAUAUACUGUUCAUCGCUAUAAAGGCUGCCUUCAUUCUAAUCCUGCUGGUCCUCAUUAUCUACUGCAUGGCGUUCGGUGAUAUCUAUCGCAUAAUUAAUGGCUACGAUGACUGCGCCAACGUUUGCGGACGUGACAACAGGCCGGACCAGAGUCUCCCCUGCAAGGGUGCUGACAGGACGGACGAAAAGUUCCUGCUGGUGGAGGAAGCUGGCGGCACGGAGAGUGCACUCCAUCGCAUGUGCGUUGCGAGCUGCGAAGAAGUUGAGGGCUUUAAACCGUUCCUGAAUCGAUGCGUCCGCAAGAACAAUCCGACGGAGGAGGUGGCAACCCGGACCGGUCUGCGAAAUUUCUUCCAGGAGGUAUCGGAAGACCUGGAGGGCUGCUAUCGGGAGAUGCUUUGGCUGGCGGCGAUCGCAUUUCUUUUGUCACUGCUCACCCUCCUGCUGCUGCGCGUCCUGCCCGGUCUGAUUGUGUGGCUGGUCCUUGCGGCCGUUAUGGUGGCAUGUACAGCCGGUACGCUCUGGCUGUGGUUCAAGUGGCGCUACGAAUCCGAACAACUGUCGGCCUCGGCAGGUGAUUCGGCCCGGAUGCGAAUGAACAACUGGUUGUACUACGCGAUUGCGGCCACGGUCGCCACGCUAAUCGUGCUACUCGUCAUAUUGGUGAUGCGCAAACGCAUCAAGCUGGUGGUGCAGCUUUUCAAGGAGGCCGGCAAAGCGAUCGCCAGCAUGCCCUUCCUGCUCGCAGAGCCCGUUCUGACAUUCGUGACCAUCGCAGCGGGGAUCGUACUGUACGUGUAUUUUACGGUUUGGAUCGAGAGCGCCGGCAUGUUGGUGGUGGAGAGCAACAACAGCGCCAAAUACGUGAAGGACUCGACGAUGCUGUUCACCCGUUGGUACAACCUGCUCGCGUUCUUGUGGUUCAGCCAGUUUGUGAUUGGUUGCCAGCACAUGGUGAUAGCCGGUGCGGUGGCCGGGUGGUUCUUUACGCGCAAUAAGGCCACCCUCGGCCACCCGAUCGCUCGCAGUUACGGCAAUCUGGUACGCUACCAUCUGGGCACGGUGGCGUUCGGGUCGUUCGUGAUUGCGCUGGUGCAGUUUCUUCGAACGUUGCUAAAGCUUUUGAUGCAUUCUGUGCGGAAUCCACAGAACCGAGUGACAUCAUUCCUGUUCGACUGCUGCCAGUGUUGUCUGCAGUGCUUCGAGCGGUUCCUCCAGUAUCUCACACGCAACGCCUACAUCCUUACGGCCAUGCACGGCGACCCUUUCUGUCGGGCGGGCCGAAAUGCGUUCCGACUGCUGACCAGCAAUGCGCUGCGCGUCUUCGCCAUCAACUCGGUCGGAGACUUUGUGCUGGUGCUGGCGAAAGUGUUUGUCGUCGUGGCAACCGUGCUGAUUGGCAUGGAGCUAAUCCAACAGAAGCAAGGCAUGCACCAUCCGUACGUGCCGCUUAUAUUGGUCGGCAUCUUCGCCUAUCUCGUGGCGCACUGCUUCAUGACCGUCUACGAGAUGACGGUUGAUACCAUUUUCCUGUGCUUCUGUGAGGACUGCGAGAGCAACGAUGGCAUUAGCCGGCCAUACUUCAUGUCCCGCGGGUUGAUGGAGUUCGUGCAGAACUCGAAGAAGGCACUUGCCGUCGACAGCCGGACUGCGACCACGAAUCAGGCACUGCGCGAUGGUAAGGCCUGGACGGCAGCAAACAACAAACCGACGACGGCCGAUACGAUUCACCAGCAACACCAGCGAGCGACGGCCAUUUCGGAAACGGUGGACUGA